UAAACCUCAAUUCUCUUAUGCGCCGUCAAGCCCUAAUCCUUCUGGUCUCACCCACCCACCCAACUUAGCCGAUGGACGCCGCCGCAGCAGCGACGCAUUCCUGCCGGAGCCAGUGAAAGCAACCUCUCUGCAAAUGACUGAAACCCCGAGCAGAAGAUCUCAGAAAACCCCCAAAUAGCUAAAGGCGCCGCCGCCGCCCAUCUCAGAUUCAUCGCCGUCGUGCCAUGUCCUCCCACCUACCCCUCAAACCCUAGACCCCUCACCUCGCUGCCGCUCUCUCCAACUGACCUCCACCUCUCAAAUCUCAACACCGUCUCCAGCGUCGACCUCUACCCGCAACUCCUCCGGCGGAAAGUCUCUCAAGUUCGCUUCUCAAAAUGAUUAGAAGACCCCACUUGGCCACUUCCAACCAAAGAGAGAGAGGGAUGAGGAGGAAGAUGGGGAACUCCUUCGGUUGUUCUGCAUCGGGAGAGAGAUUGGUUUCGGCCAAAGACGGCGACUAUGUAGAAGCCAAGAUGUUGCUAGAUUGGAAUCCAUGUUUGGCAAAGUACUCAACUUUCGGUGGUCUGAACUCUCCUCUUCAUUUUGCAGCCGCUAAGGGCCAUAAUGAGAUUGUGGCAUUGUUGCUUGAGAAUGGAGCUGAUGUGAAUUCCUGGAAUUACUGUGGGCAGUUCUUUUGGUAGGAGAUCAUCUCCAAUUCUGAUUUAAGAUUCUUGAAGUUGAUGGGCGUUUGAGAUGAACUGGAUUGUAUAUAGCCUCGGUAUGCAUUGUAGCCUUGUUUUCAUAUUAAUAGUACGUAAUAAUAUAGACUACUUCAAUAUUAUUGGUGAAGCUUGAAAUGACUGUCUUAGCAGCUCUCCUCGGGCUUCAAUUAGAAGCAUGGAUCAGAAGAUCAUUAUUUGGGAUCUACAACAUUCAUUGCCUUGAUGCACAUGUGAACAUGAGGUUUGUUCCAACUACUAUACAUGAGUUGAUGAUGAUGGAGAUGGUACUGAAGGAGCAGUAGGUGGUGCAUUUAAAAAGAACUUCUGUUAAUUUUACUCAAUUUUGUAGUUAUCCAAUUGUUUUGCUUUCAGAUUUUAUACUUGUGUGAUAUUCAUUUGAUGCAUGCAUUUUAUACUCGUUC